AACGACCUCACUUUCAAAUGAAACAUGAAAGUUAUCUGGCUUCUUCUUUUGCUGGCCUUUGCCUUAGCCACUACAAGUGCCAAUCAGACAGCGACGAGGACUUCCCCAGACGAGUAUGAUCCCGACAACAUCAUUACCAAUGGCUAUGCUGCCUACGAAGGUAAAGCUCCCUACAUUGUCAGCCUUCUAAUGGGAACUCAUUCAAGCGAUCACAUUGAAAUUGGGAGUGGCACAAUCAUCUCCAACAACUAUGUGCUGACUGCCGCCCAUUGUCUAACCACGGACUAUGUGGACGUUCAUUUUGGAUCCGUUUCGCGAGGCAAUGGUCAAUAUAAUCAAAGAGUUUAUAACCAUUAUUUCACUCGACACCAUCUCUGGCCGGCCAUGGGCUAUGAUAUCGGUCUGAUUAACAUUGACUAUGUGGAAUUCACCCCGACCGUGAGCAAGGUUAAUCUGCCAACACUCAGUCAAAAUAACGAACGCUUUGAGAACUGGUGGGCAGUUGCUUGUGGUUGGGGAAAACUGGCCAAUGGCCAACACGCUGAUAGGCUGCAGUGUGUCGACCUACGGAUCAUGACUAAUAACGACUGCUACGAUAGCUAUGGCUAUCUACCACCAAGCAUACUGUGUGCAAGAACAACCGGUGGAAAAUCCACCUGUGAUGGUGAUUCCGGUGGCCCACUCGUAGUACACAAAGAUACUAUUUUGGUGGGUAUAACAUCGUUUGGUUCGGCUGAUGACUGCACCAUCGGAAAACCAGCUGGCUUCACCCGUAUAACCUCCCAUUUGGAUUGGAUAUAUGAACACACGGGAGUUGUUUAUAGGGAAUAAAUACCAAUAUAUGAAAAUAAUAAAGAAGCAUUCUUAAAAGCA